AUGGUUCUCCCAGGUUACCAUCAGAUCUGCCAUGAAAGCUUGCUUACCACUUCCAAGUGUUCUGGGGAAAGUGAAAUGUUGAGCACACCAGAAUUUAUUUCUCUGAACUGUAACUCAGUACUUGUGGCCACUGCCAUCUGCGGCUGCCUCUCCACUCUGCAGUGCUGGGUGCUGUCUCCAGGCGCCACCUGCGAGCACACAGGCACUGCCUCCUGGGCACCACCUCCGAUCACAGAGGAGCCACCUGCAAUUGCACAGGGGGCGCCUUCUGGGUCUCUUGGUAUUCCUGACUUGGAGAAGAAAAAUGAAACCCACUCUGAGUUGUCAGAAUUCGUGCUUCUGGGCUUGUCAUCCACCUGGGAGCUACAGCUAGUCCUCUUCUUAACAUUUCUGUUUGUUCAUGUUAUUAUUGUCCUGGGAAACCUCUUGACUGUGAAAACGGUGUGGGCUGAUGUUCAUCUGCUCUAGUCUCCCAUGUACUACUUCCUAAGCUACCUCUCUUUAAUUGACCUUUGCCUGAGCUGUGUUGCUAUACCCAAGAUGCUAGGAGAUUUCCUACAGCAGGAAAAGACCAUAUCUUUUUCAGGAUGCCUGGCUCAGAUCUAUUUCCUCCACUUUCUGGGAGCCAGUGAGAUGUUUCUCCUGGCCGUCACGGCCUAUGAUGAUAGGCAUGUUGCCAUAUGCAAUCCUUUGCACUACUUGACAGUCAUGAACCACCGUCUGUGUCUGCAGUUGGUGUUUGCUUGCUGUGGUGAUUUCAUCCACUCAAUCACCCAGGUCAUACUGGUGAUCCAGGUGCCUUUCUGUGGCCCCAAAGAACUGGACAACUUCUAUUGUGAUGUUCCCCAGGUCAUCAAGUUGGGCUGCAUGGACAGUUACAUGGUUGAGGUGCUGAUGGUCUCCAAUAGUGGGUUGUUGUCUCUGCUCUGCUUUUUGGUCCUGCUCUUCUCCUAUGCACUCAUCCUGAUCAUCGUGAGGACUCGCCUCCACUGGGGCCAGAGCAAGGCACUGUCCACCUGUGCCUCCCAUCUGACAGUGGUCAGCUUGAUCUUUGUGCCCUGUAUGUUCAUCUACUUGAGGACAUUCUGAAGCUCCUCUGUAGAUAAGGUGUUCUCUGUGUUUUACACAGUGAUCACAUCUAUGCUGAAGCCCAUCUACAUACUCAGAAAUGCAGAUACAAAGAGAGCUAUGAAAAAGAAGAGAAGGAAGCAGGUGAUACCCCACAGCCUUGUUAGCAGCAAAUCUUCAUACAUUGAAUUCCUUUUAAUGCUUAACUCUGUUCAAGUGAAAGAAGACCUUACACUUUCUUUUGUGUUGGCCCCUCCUAAUGGCUCCCAGUGUGUGGAAGAGCCUUCUAAUGAUGCUUCAACGCAGUCUCUUUUUGAAGCAGUGUAG